UUUACUUUGCUGCUGACUUGUAACUUUGUAGGUAGAACAGCAGGGAUCUGAGAGAACCAUAUCACUAGAUACAUUUGCUGUUGCUAUACUUUAACAGCUUUUGAGAGAGGUUCAUCAUGAUGUACUAUUUAUGGAUGCAUUCUAUUAUUACAACUGCAAUCAUGAUGGUGUUGUACACGCAGGCUAAUUCAGAAAUACCAACUACAUGUUCUGUCGUUCAGGGUCUUCCAGGUCUUAAUGGCAGAGAUGGGAGGGAUGGAACUUACGGACAGAAAGGAGAGCCAGGACGAAGUGGGGAGAUGGGAAAUCCUGGUAUAAGAGGUAUUGCAGGACCUCCUGGAAAAGUAGGACCUAAAGGGGAUCAAGGAAACAUAGGAAUCCCAGGUUCUGCAGGUGUGCCAGGAUCAAAAGGAGAGAAAGGAAAGAAUGGAGAGAAUGGAUAUCCAGGUGUGCCAGGAUCAAAAGGAGAGAAAGGAGAUACAGGUAUGACUGACAAACACUUAUAGUAAAGCUUUUAACCA